CGUCCAGUUUAUGCUCAUAAAUGAACGGGCGCGCGCGUGUGCGUGUGCAUCCAUCGCCUGUAGUCUGUAGCUCUGUGUUACUGCGCCAGGAUGGAGAUGACGCAAAUGACCCAGCUCCCCAAAAAGUGUUUCAAGACGAACAUGGCGGCAACUUAACACAGGACCUAAGAUGAUGAUUAUGAUGAACGGAGAAGAUCGAAUGCAGUCCGCUCAGUUAGGGAAAGAGCAGCUCUUUCAGGAUCUCGCCUUCCCUUGAGGAGAUACAGGGACACAGCAGCUGCUCUAUGAGGGUCUAUGGGGAGAGGAGGCACGAGAGGAGGCAUGUUGUCACACAGAAGUCAGUUUUUCUCCGAGGAGCCAUGCGGAAAAGCGGAGAUAUGACCGCGCGUGGCUUCAUCUAGCCGAUCGACUCGGAUACAGCUGCCUGGACCGCUGUUUACACGGGAAAAGCCCCUUUCAAGUCAAUGCAUUUUGUGGCAGAGGAGCCGUCGCGGUGGAGUCGGCCAGUGCUGCUCUUUCCUGAAAUAUGACCAGAGGUGUUUGGACGUGUCGGCAGCAAGAUGACAGCUUAAAAAUCUGGUUUGCACCCCGAGAGGACGAAAAGCCAUUAUUCACCGAUUCGGAAAGGGCCCAGAGAUGGCGACUGUCCUUAGCCUCUCUUUUGUUUAUUACCGUUUUGCUCUCUGAUCAUCUGUGGUUCUGCGCCGAGGCGAAAUUGACAAGGACUCGAGACAAACGGCUCGACAAUUUGGCCGUCAUGGACACGGUGGAGCACACGAACCAUAUACUUUCACCCAGCCAUCAGCCCGUCAGAGAGCAGAGACUUAUUUUUAUAGGCAAUUCUACCAAACCUCUGUGGAGACUUGAAACUUGUCACCCUGACAGCCUCUCCAAAAACUGCUUGACUUUCGCCGAGGCGGAAGCCGCGUGCUCGGGCCUCUCCGAGUGGAACCUGAGCGAUUUCUAUCUUUCUUUUUGUAAUUCUUACUCGCUUUUGGAUUUGUUUUACGGGUUUACGAGUCCGGACAAUUUGACCUGUAACUUGGACAUGGCUACGGGCGGUGAUACAUCGGGAUGCAGCCGCUGCGUUCAGGCUUACCAAGGCUACGACCGACGAGCUCAGGAGAAAUACCAAGAGUUUGAGCUUUUGGUUCAGAAAUAUGAAACGGAUGUAUAUUCGGUGCGGACAUGCAUGGAAGAGUGCACGACUGUCUACAAACACUGGCUCUGUGCCCAGUUCUUCCACACCACACAGAUGCACUGCAGCAACAGGAUCCCCUGCAGGAAGUACUGCCUGGAAGUCCAGCAGAGGUGCCCCUUCAUAUUGCCUGACAAUGAUGAGCUCAUCUACGGAGGAAGCCCCAGUUUUAUAUGCACAGGGCUCCAGGAGGACAACCCCUCAGAGGCAGAGACAGAGUGCUGUGACGUUCGAUGGGACAGCCGGGCGGACAACAGCUCCAAAGGAACUCUCAAAAGAACUCACCCGUCGUGUCAGCACGGGACAUCGCUGACCUCGGCAGCAGCCUCUAGACUGUGCAACAGUAGACUCAAACUCUGCCUGCUGGUCCUCGUCCUCCUGCAUACUGUUGCCACACUCACAGCAUCCCACAAUGCUACUGGAUUCAACCUCACCUCCAGCUCCUCUAACGAGGAAUAAUGGAAUAGCCACUCAGCAAAGCGGUUGCAGUUCCAUGCCCAAUGACACGAUGGACCGUGGGCAGCUGUAAUGCUUUCUAGGACCCCUAGUAAAGUUCAGGUGGAGACUGUGGACAUGCAAUCAACCAAGCAUACAAAAUGAACUGAAAAAGCUUAAUGAACACUGGACAAAUUUAAUCAAGCAACAAGAACAAGGGACAACACCGUAGCCUUUGUUGAAAGAGGCUUCUUGGGCGGAGUUCUCUCGCACCAUGUUUUUUUUACACUGUGUCUAUGGUUUGGAUUUCUGUUGCACUAGAUGACUACAGGAUCUAAUUCAUGUUUCCUUUCCUUUCAUUUGGGUCUUUGUGCAGGAAGGAUUGGGAUGAGAUGUACAGUAUCAAAGUGUGUGUGCAUGUGUGCCUGCAUAUGUGUGUCCACUUAGAUGUUCUUGUUUCUAUUUGUAAUCAUAAACUCUCUGGAUGCUGCUCUAUUCAUUAUGAAGGUUUCUAUUGCAGUUUAUAUACAUGUUUGAAAUUACAAAUCUGCCUAGACCAAUAACAAGAUACCCAAAUCAAGUCCAGGUUCAAAAUGCAGA